AUGCCGCGCGCCCGCGACCGCUACUCGUCCGUCGGGACGCCCCACAAGCACACGCCGAUCAAGGUCCCUCUCAAUGACGACAAGCAGGAGAAGGCCAAGCGCCUUCAGUCGCGCCAGGCCCUUCAUGAGACUCAGAUGAACCAGAUCCGCGCCGCGGCCACCCCCGUGCGACGUCGCCAGACCCUCAGCGGCCAGAGCCAGCACUCGUUCGUUGACAAUGACGAAAACACCUUCCACGUGGGCGGUGACGCCGUCACCCCCAUGAAACGCGUGCCGAUCCUGGCCAACUUUGAGGAAUGGAUGAAGAUGGCCACCGACAACAAAAUCAAUGCCAACAACUCGUGGAACUUUGCCCUCAUCGACUACUUCCAUGACAUGUCGCUGUUGAAGGAGGGCGACAGCGUCAAUUUCCAGCGUGCCAGUUGCACUCUUGACGGCUGCGUCAAGAUCUACACGAGCAGAAUCGAUAGCGUCGCCACCGAGACCGGGAAGCUGCUCAGCGGUUUGGCCACCAGCAGCGAUAGCAAGAAGCGCAAAGGAGACGAUGCCGAUGGGGACGCCGAGGACGAGGACGAAGAAGAGGGCGAGGACGGCCAGAGGAAGAAGACGCGCAAGCGUGCUCAGAGGUCGGCCGAGUCCACCUUGGUAUCGUCAUUCGCACAGCUACAGCUGAAAAAGAUGGAUAUGGAGCUGUCAGUGGAUCCGCUGUUCAAGAAAGCCUCUGCCGAUUUCGACGAGGGCGGCGCAAAAGGCCUGUUGCUGAACCAUUUGUCCAUCGAUGCCACCGGCCGCAUCGUCUUCGACAGUAGUGACGACGUGGAGCCUGGACAGCCCGAAGCCGAGGCGGAGGAGCAGGCACAGGAACAGGAGCAAGACGGGGACGCGAUGGAAGUCGAUGGCGAAGAGGCUAAGCCGGAGCCGGAGACGACACAUACCGAUAUCGACAUCUCAGCGCUGGCAGCGAAGUUCUUCCCGGAUCUGUCGGUCCUCGACGGCCAAGACAUCUGCCCCUCACUGAAAGACUUCGAUUUGGGCGAUUCAAAUGCUGCAAAUUUGCCGUUCUUGAAAGCCCCUGACGACUGGAGAAACGAGAACCAAGACGACGAGAAAGACGAUGGUGCGGGCGGUUUCCUCGAGGGUGGAUUUGACGACGACGACGACAUGGGCGCAUUCGAUCUGCCCGCCGAAACCGGGUUCGGUGAAGGCGGUGAGGUCUGGGCAAGAGAGGCAGCGUUAGAAACACAGAUGCGCGUGCAUACCAUGGGGCCGGGUAGCGACGACCGUGACGGUGAAGAGGGAAUGGAUGAAGUCGGGGGUUUCGAUGCGGACUACGGAGUCACACUGACGGGAGGCCGCGAACACGACCAGGAGAACAUCCUGGACUACUUCGACAAAGCACUAUCGAAGAACUGGGCCGGCCCGGAACACUGGCGCAUCAGAAGGAUAAAGGACAUCAAUAAGGCGAGCGAAGCUGGACCGACCAAGAGGAAGGAAAAGGAACCCUUCCAAAUCGACUUCUCCGCACCAAUGACGCAGUCGACAGCCGAUGCGCUGUACACCCCGGCAACCACAUCCUCCGCCAUUCUGCUGCCCAAGGCUCAAUGGAAAUCCAAGAGCCGGAAUUUGCUUCCCGACGACAAGCAUUUCAACUCCCGCCAACUGCUUCGCCUUUUCCUGAAGCCCAAGACUCGGUUGGGCGUGCGCACCAAGUUUGGCGGCAACAAGGGCCGGAGUGAGAACCAGAGGCAGCAGGAGCCCGAGGGUGAGAUGGACGAGGUAUUCUGGGCACGCAACGAGGAUCCCAAUGUUCAGAACCCGGAGAACGACGACGCGCCUGCACAGGGAGACUAUGAUGCCGAUUUCUUCCAAGAUGACGGACUCGGAGCUAUUGGUGGACCUGACGACAGUGACAUAUUUGCCGAUGCACGUGAGAUGUUCUCGCCACCACCUGAGUUCAAGGAAGGCGCGCAGGCCGGCGAGGCUAGCGUGCUCAAUGGCAACCAGGAAGGCGCGUUUGGUACACAACUGGUUACUCAGAGCCGUAGAUUACGACCUGAGUACGUUCAGUACGCGCGUGUGGCAAAGAAGGUGGAUGUGCGGCGGCUGAAGGAGGAGAUGUGGCGCGGCAUCGGAAUCGAAGUCCCCGAGGAGAACAAUGAAGAUUCCAUCCUAUCAAACAAAGCUCCCGCCCCACCUGCGCCGAAGGCCGAGGAUGGGUCACUCAAGUUUACCGACGUCGUCAAUAAUCUACAGGCAGUCUACCCCAAGAAGCAGUUGGCGGACAUUUCGACGAGCUAUUGCUUCAUCUGCUUAUUACAUCUGGCCAACGAGAAGGGCCUGGUCAUCGAGAAUGACGAGAACUUCACUGACCUCACCAUCAGAAAGGAUCCACGAGCAAUCCUCGAUGGGUCGGAGUAA